GUUCAAAGAUUUUUAAAUGUUCUAUUGAUAACCUGCUACACCAAAGGAAGGUAAUGUUCGGCUAUCAAUGAAAACAUGUAUAGUUCUGUUGCAUUUGUUUCGGGUGUUUUCGUCUGUAAAAAAGUCCAUACUCAUUAAAUUUUUUUAUUAAAAAAACUCGACAAAAUGACAACUAGAAGUCUCACAGAUAUCUUUAUUCUAAUGAGGAACAAUGCUUCCCAAACUAGAAACAUGUAUGCUGACCAGGGUUUGAGUGAUAGGUCUGCUCUUGUGCCAAUGGAAGAUGACAUUGAGCUUGGUAGAGUACCUCCAAGUUGGUCAUCGAUGGUGGAAGAGUCUCAAUUUACCUUGAUGAGGCUGAAAUCAAAGCUUGCAACCCUGAAAGAUCUUUAUGCUAAUCUUAUAUCUCGGCCUGCUUUUGAUGACAAUGACAGAGAUGAGCAGGAGAUCAAAUCAUUAACAGAAGACAUCAUGCGUAUGAGCAAUGGUUUAUGCAAAAUUGCCGGUAAGAUGGAGGCAGAAGGUAGACGAGCAGUAUCUCCUCUUGAACGUAGACUUCUUCAAUCUGUUACAAGAGCUAUGGUCACAGAAAUGAGUACGCUGCAGGCUGAAUUCAAAGCUGUAGAGAGCAACUAUGUAAACAUGGUGAAAUCUAGGGAAGAAAGAUCCAAGUUCUAUUUUGACUUUGAAACUGAAACAUCUGAAGAAGACUGGGGUGAAAUAAACUUGGUUCAACAAUCUAUGAAGCAGAGAGUGGUGAAAUCUAGGGAGGAAAGAUCCAAACCCUAUUUUGACUUUGAAACUGAAACAGUUGAAGAAGACUGGGGUGAAAUAAACUUGGUUCAACAAUCUAUUGAGCAGAGAGGAGUUGAUGAAAAACAAGUUGAGAAUAUUAUGAGGUCAUUUGUUGAACUGAGAGACUUGUAUCUAGAUCUGUCUCGCUUGAUUGUUGAUCAGGGUACAAUUUUGGACAGGAUAGACUAUCAUGUAGAGCAAGCUCAAAACCAAAUCAGCCGUGGUACUCAAAAGAUUGCCAAAGCUGCACAGUAUCAAAGUAUAUAUAGUAUAUAUAACCAGUAUACUAGUAUUGUGUUUAAUAUGAAAUUCUUGUAUUGUAAGAAAUUGGUUGUUUGUUUCAGAGAGUCAUAAGAAACUUUUUUGUAUAUUCAUACUCGCCGUUACAUUUACAGUAUUAUUUAUAGCCCUGAUCGUUAUUAAACUCUGGUAAGUGAUUGAUCUAUGAAUUUAUUAGAGUUUACACAACAUUCUAUACAUUACACACUUCCUUUUGUCUUUUUCUGUUAAUUUUUUUUCUUAUGGCAACUACAGAGUGGAUGCUCUAAUGAAUUCAACUGGGUUUUCAUUUCAUAUUACAAAAUUAUCAUAUCCACUGAAAUGUUAUAUCAAACUAUCUAUUCUUAUUUCUAGAACUAAAAAAGACGUCUACUUUAGAAUAUUUUUCUACAUGAUUUAUCUUAACACUUUCUUAGUAUUAUGUGAUGCUUAAAUAAUUAGUAAUAAUCGAUAAUUACUAUCUUAAAUUUUCAUUUAAAUUCCUUAAAUGUCUCUGCCUUCAUGGAAAUUCCAACUAAACUCUUUGAAAUGGUCUGUAAAGUUAUUACCCCUGAUUAACCUGACUUUUUUCUGUAAUUUUUAAAAUGUUGACAUUGCACUGUAUCUAAUUUCAUGCUUGUUGCACUAUCCAUACGCAUAAUGUUACAUCAAGUUACUCUUAUGUUGGUAUUUUAAAAAUUUACUUGCUAUCGAGGAGUGUUUAUUCCAGUGAUAGACUUAAUGCAAAUUUAUUUAGCUUUUCUUUAUUUUUCCAUCUUAACUAUACUUUAACCAAUCCCUAAUAUUUUGGCUGUUUCAUCAACAAUUUAUUCUUUGUCUAAUUUAUCAAUUGUAUUCAAAUUCUGUUCAAUUUAAACAAAGGUUUUCUAUGGAACAAUUCCAGAAAAUUUAAUGCAAUGUAUUUUGUCAAAUAUAUCACAUUUAUUUUGUUAUUUUUCUUUGUAUUGUAAUUCAUUUUUUUUUUAUUGUUCAUGUAGCAAAAUUGUAAUUCUGAAGAUAUUCUAUCUUACUCAAAAUUUUAAACUAUCUCUGGUGACCAUAUGUUUCAUCAUAUGUUUACUAAUUGCAUGAUAAUUGAUUAUCUGUUAUACAAUAAUCAAUUAAUUAUAUCUUUUAAUAUUAUUUGCAGAUUAAAUAAUGCAGAGUAAGAAGCCUUAAAGGACAAGUUGUAUAAUAUCCAUUAUCUAGUCUAUAUUGUACAUAAAUUCAUGCAAAAUUAAUUUAUGUCUGUAUAUUAAAAAUUUUAAAUUAUUUUAUAUAUAUUGCUGUUGACCAUUUUUUGUAUACUUUGUUUUUGAACAUAUUGUAAACCACAUUAUAAUUUUUCAGUUGUUGAA